AUUGUGCGAAAAAAAUGCAUAGCAACAAAAUCUCCCUCCCCUCUUGGAUCAACACGCCGCCAAGCAUGUGGCACGUCGGGCGAUCGAACAGCUACUCAUCGUCGUCGUGCGACGACGUCGGCGUCGGCGCCUCCGCCUCGACGCCUACGACGACGCUCGUCAACGCCGCGCCAAACGGUGGCCGCUCCAGCCUCAGCACCGACCCUCUGUCGGCGGCUGCAGCUGCGGUCGACGGCCUCCUUUCGGAGCCCAUGGAGCACCGCUUGUGGAGCCAGCUUCUGCUGAGCUCUGGAAAUGGAGGAACCAUGCACAACAACCAUGGAGUAGGAGGAGAAAACUUCCUUGAUCUACUAAAUUCCAAAAGCUUAGCACCCGAGCUUUUCGACCCGGCCUAUGAAAGUUACCCGAAGCCGUCGAAGCUGGGCAACAACACUUACUAUGAGUUCACCGACACUACCGCCGCGCCCGCGCUGAACCACUUAGAAGCUCUCGAGUUAAGCCAUUACAAUCCGAGCAUGGUCGAGCCCUCGGAGAUCAAAAUGACACAUCCAUCAAUGAAUUUGGCCACCAACUGGUGCAGUACAGCUGCUUCUCCGAACCCGCGGUAUUCGGGUUCGAAUCUAUACGAGACUCAUAGUUCUCUAUCGCAAGCUCGCGAAAGAUCGGGACUAGUGCUACAACAACAUCACCCUUCGUAUAUGGAGCCAUUCAAUGCUCCUAUUGAUCUCAACAACUCACUCAUGGAGCUCAACAACAAACUCAACUACAGUGGAGUAGCAGAGCUACCGUGGACUAGUAAUCGAAAUUUUUCGGAUUUUAUAGCUUUUAAUGGCUGCUUGAAGAAACAAGAAGUGGGAGUGAAAGCUUCUAAGCAUUGUAUGAUGAACUCCUCAGAAUCAAAUGAGAGAAAGAAGCAAGCAUAUGAAGUUACAUCAAUAAGGGGAGAUGGAAGAAACAGUGGAGCAGCAAGUGUGGGAAAGAAAAGAAAAUCUGAAGAGAGUUCAGAAGCACUUCUGAAGAAGCCAAAAAAUGAGAGCUCAAGUGCUGCUGCAUCACUCAGGGUGCAAGUACCAAAAGUCAAAAUGGCAGAGAAGAUCACAGCACUACAACAAAUUGUGUCACCUUUUGGAAAGACUGAUACGGCGUCCGUGCUACAGGAAACAAUCGUUUAUAUCAAAUUUUUGCACGAGCAAGUACAGUUACUAAGUGAUCCAUACAUAAAAUCAAGUUCCUGCAAGGAUCAAAACUUAUGGGGAGUGGAUCAGAGAAAAGAAAAGGAAGAGGCAAAGCUUGAGUUGAGGAGUAGAGGGCUUUGCUUGGUUCCACUCUCAUGCACUUCUCAAGUAUACAGGGAUAAUAAUGGGCCCGAUUAUUGGACGUUACCUUAUCGUAGUUGUCUCUAUAGAUGAAUUAAUGAAGUAGAGAGAUUCAUAGAAAUGUACGGUGUAUCCUUUAAGGUUGUGUUGGGAGAUAAGAGAUGUGGAAACUAACUUAUUUAUGCACUAAAUGCAAUAUUUUCAAUAGAAGAUGUGAUCUGUACGUAUCUUUACAGAGUGUAAAUUAUACACCCGUACAUCCAAUAAAAUAAAUAAAUAAGAUAAGUGGACUCAUGUAACCCAUCAAAUAUCUACGGGUGUAGGAUUUACAUUUUA